UCGCGUCACAACCCUAAACCCUUGUAUUUAUGAAAUUGUGCAAAUCGCGUCGUCUUCUUCCAUAGGCUUAUCCUCCGAUAGCCGCUGCAAGAAGAGGGUGAGGGAGAGAGAGAGAGAUGGUGUCGCUGAAGCUUCAGAAGCGGCUGGCCUCCAGCGUACUCAAGUGCGGGAGAGGAAAGGUCUGGCUCGAUCCCAAUGAAGUCAAUGAAAUCUCCAUGGCCAACUCUCGGCAAAACAUAAGAAAGCUGGUCAAGGAUGGCUUCGUCAUCAGGAAACCAACAAAGAUUCACUCCCGUUCUCGUGCACGCCGCAUGAAGGAGGCCAAGAGGAAAGGGCGUCAUUCUGGAUAUGGUAAGCGUAAAGGUACAAGGGAGGCAAGGCUGCCGACCAAAAUCCUUUGGAUGAGGAGGAUGCGUGUUCUUAGGCGUUUGCUUCGCAAAUAUAGAGAGGCAAAGAAAAUUGACAAGCAUAUGUAUCAUGACAUGUAUAUGAAGGUGAAGGGUAACGUUUUCAAGAACAAACGAGUGCUAAUGGAAAGCAUCCACAAGUCGAAGGCUGAGAAGGCCAGAGAGAAGACAUUGUCUGACCAGUUUGAGGCUAAGAGGGCAAAGAACAAGGCAAGCAGGGAAAGAAAAAUUGCUAGAAGGGAGGAACGUUUUGCCCAGGGACCAGUAGAAAGAGCUCCGACAGAAGCACCAGCUGCUGACGCGGGAUCUCAGCCAGCUGGGGCAUCCAAGAAGUCUAAGAAGUGAGAUAAAGGUUUUACGUAAGGCCUAUAUGGCCUCAGUUAUUGUGACAGGGCAAGCUGCAGACUCACCCUACAAUUUGGCUCAGCGGCCUACUGCUCUUGCAAUGUUGGAAGGGAGAUGAACUAGUGAAGUUCAGAUGGCUCCUGGGAGGCUUCUCCACAGCCCAAGCCCAGGGUUGGGAGAUCAUAAACCUUAACUUGCCAUGAGUUGAGCAGUUGACACCAAUUGUGGUUUGACCUAGGCAUGCCUCUGCCCACGAGGCAGGGGUGCCAUAGUUGUGUCUAGGGUAAAUCUUAUUACAUAGUAAUUGAUUGCAGAAAAUUUUUAGUAUCGAUAAUUUGAUCUUCGAAAAAUUUUAUAUGAAGGUUUUUUUUUU